AUGCUCACCAAGACGAUUUUUUUCUUCGCCCUUCUCGGCGCAGCGCUCUCUUGUCUUGACAACAGCGUUCCUAAGAUCGGUGUAUUUGACGAAUACCUCACCAUGGCCGAAUCCCCCGAGGGGUCGGGCCUCUCAUGUGCCCGCUGCGGCCAGUCAGAAGCCGAACAGCCACACCUCGAAGCCUCAACACUAGAAGAAGCAGCUCUGUAUGGGGAUCCCGAGCAGGUGCUGCGGUUCAUCGGCCGUGGCGCUGACGUCUCUGCGGUGGAUGCAUCCCGCGAUGACCUGACGCCUCUUCACCUCGCGGUCGAGUCGGCCAACCAGCCGUCCGUGAAAGCCCUCAUCGACGCCGGGGCGAACCCGUCCGCCCAGAACCGCCGCGGCGUGGCGCCGCUGCACACGGCCUCCGCCAACGGACACUUUGCCAUCGCCAAGCUGCUCAUCGACGCCGGCGCCGACGUCAACGUCCGCAACCAGGACGGCGGCACGCCCCUGCACGCUACGGCCCUGAACUGGCAACCCAAGAUUGCGAAGCUCCUCGUCGACGCCGGCGCCGACGUGCACGCCCGAGACGGCGCAGGGCGGUCACCGCUGCACGAGGCCGCCGGCCGCGAGUCGCUCGGCGUGGCGCAGGUGCUCCUGGACGCGGGCGCCGACGUCAACGCCGCGGACGACGCCGGACGCACCGUGCUGCAGGUCGCGCUCGACGACGGGCCGUCCUCCAUCCCGUUCCUCCUCGACCGCGGCGCCCGCGUGUCCGCGGACGACAAACUCGACGACGAGGGCAACACGAUGCUGCACCGCGCCGCGCAGAGCUCCGCGGAGCUCCUCGAGGCGCUGCUCGCCGCGGGCGGCCUCGACAUCGAGGCCAGGAACAAGGAUGGGGAGACGCCGCUGCUGUACGCGGCGGCGCACGGGAGCAUCCGCCAGCUGCGGCUGCUGAUGGACGCCGGGGCGGACGCGCAGGCGCGCACCGAGGACGGCGAGACGGCGCUGCACAUGGCCGCGGGGACCCCGGAGGCUUCGUGGGCGGGGAUGAGCCGGGAUGCGGUCGAGAAGAUCGCGCUGCUGAUCGAGGCGGGCGUGGAUGUGAAUGCGAGGACGACGGGGCAUACGGCCCUGGACCGCGCGCGAAAGUGCCGGUUUGAAAAGGUCGCCGGAGCGCUUCGCGAAAGAGGUGCUACGGAAUAG